GGCCAGGAAAUCCUGGAAUUGGUGGUCGUCCAGGUGUUCCUGGUAUUCCUGGGUGACCUGGAUGCCCAGGAAUUGACGGUAUUCCAGGAAUGCCUGGCGUGCCCGGUGUACCCGGGGAGCCAGGAUAUCCAGGAGUCGGAGGCGUUCCAGGCGUGCCUGGGGUUCCAGGUGUUCCAGGAUGGCCAGGAUAUCCCGGAAUUGGUGGUCGUCCAGGUGUUCCCGGUGUUCCUGGAGUACCAGGGAAGCCUGGGUGUCCCGGUAUAGGUGGCGUUCCGGGUGUUCCAGGUGUUCCGGGAUGUCCAGGAUAUCCCGGUAUUGGUGGCGUUCCGGGCGUGCCUGGGGUUCCAGGUGUUCCAGGGUGGCCAGGAUAUCCCGGAAUUGGUGGACGUCCAGGUGUUCCUGGUGUUCCUGGGUGACCUGGAUGACCAGGAAUUGAAGGUAUUCCAGGAAUGCCUGGCGUUCCAGGAG